CUCUUUCUCUUAUGUUUCUGUUUAACUCCUCAACUUUGCUAUGCCAGCUUGCCUAGUAAAACGAGUUUCAAACAGUUGAAUUUCUUGCUAAAUCAAACUUAUCAACCUUCUUCAUUCAGCCAUCAAAAUCAUUACUAUAAUUUUGUUUAUUAGAGAGGCAACACUAUGUAAUUGACACAAUUUUGUCAUUAGUUACUCUUAACUAAAACCUGCUGGAAUUAAGGGAGUGCUAAAAUAAAAUACAUAAGCUGCCGUUAUGUGUUUGCUUCCUUGAUCUCUUUACAUUAUCCUUGUUGUCCGUGGUGUACUUUCCCCUUUCUCUUUGUUUUCAUUAAAAUUAAGUGCAAAUUUUAAAUCUUCAAAAAAGAAGUGGCUCAUCUGUGCAUAGCUUAUUUCUUUCUCCUUUUUUCCCAAUCUUCAAUUGCGAUUUUUGUUGUUUGCUAAUUGCUAGUAUUGAUUCUGUUAUAUAAUGUACCUAACCCAGUACCCCCCUCCCAGAGGGCAAAGACUUUUUGUUUGUCUUUGUGUGAUUGUGAUAUUUGGUUAAAGUUCAAAUUGCUUGAUUGUUUGCAAUUGUUAUUUUCCCACUACUCUUUUCAAAGGAAGUGGAGUUGUUUCUUUCUGUUUCCAAUGGCGUGCUGUUAUCUACACAAAUUUCUCUCUCGCUCCACUUGAUGUUCUCACCAUUGUGUGUCAAUAAUUUUUUGUUUAGAAGAUUUGAUUAUUCUUUUUUGCCUUGAAGCCAAGAACAUAAAGUAACGCAACAACGUCAGCUGCUUGUAAUCACCUUUCUGCUUCUUUUUUUCUCAUCCUUGUUUCUCCUGGCUCUUGCUGGCAUAGAUUGACUUGAGGAUGGAAUACGUCAGCCCAGAAGGACUUCGCUUGGAUGGUCGCUGACCAAUGGAGAUGCAACAAAUUCGUGCAGAGAUUGGUGCUGUAUCCAAAGCAGAUGGUUCUUCCAUUUUUGAGAUGGGUAAUACCGAAGUUACUGCUGCUGUUUAUGGCCCUAGAGAGGUGCAAAAUAGGAGCCAACAAAUAAGUAGCCAUGCCCUGGUUCGGUGUGAGUACAGCCUGGCUAAUUUUAGCACUGGAGAUCGCAUGAGGAAAUCUAAGGGUGACAGGAGAUCAACUGAAAUUUCUCUUGUUAUCUGACAAACCAUGGAAGCAUGUAUACUGACACAUUUAUUGCCUCAUUCCCCGGUUUUCAGUCAACUUCUGAUGCUCAAGCUGUCAUAAUUAUUCAAAGUUGCUGAAUGAAUAUGAACAGAUUUGAACUAAGUCUGUUUGGAUAAAAGCCAUAAGCUCUUUUGAGAGCUUCUCUACCGGAAAUAUAUAAUAUAUUUUCUGUAGAGAAGCUCUCAAAAGAGCUUAUAACUUGUAUCCAAACAUGUCCAUAUGUAGAAGACAGUGCAGGAGGGGCUGAUGUAACUCUAGGAAUUCUGCCGAAGCUGGAUAAAGUGACCCUUCUUCAGAUGGAUUCUAAACUACCUAUUGACAUUUUGGAAAAUGUUAUGCAACUGGCAAUUGAAGGCUGCAAAGCAAUAGCAAUAGCACUAAUCACUUUUGUGAUUAUACUAAGAGAAGUGAAAACAUGGUUUACAUUCAUUUCAUAGAUUAAUUCCCGAAUUUUUGUCGGUUGGCAGAUUUUUACUGGAGAACACAAAGCAACUUGAGUAUCGAAGAGGUGUAUAGUUUUAUAGCAGAAGUAAUGUUUCCUAUUUGCUUCCAAUUUAUGUUGGCUUAUGCUUGCGCAUGAUGCUAUGAUUAUUAUUGCCAAUGGUCUGGUUUUUCCAGAUUUGUAGGUCCAUUCUUUCAGCAUUUGUGCGUUUUCAUUUUUUAAGAGAAUUCUCUCCAGUGUGUAUUUACCUGCAAACGAUUUUGUUUUUGGCAUAUGCUGUUGACUAGAGCGGGAAAUGUAGAGAGUCUCUCUGUAGCAUUUGUUUAAUUGUUUCCCAUUUCUACCAACUUAGUGCAUCUUUGUACCAGUCGAGAAUUCAAAAGUAAUUUUACUAUGAAAGUAACAAAUUCCUCCUUCA